CCAGAGUGUGUGUGUAUGUGACGGUGUGUGUUAGUGUUUGCUUGUGCGCGUGUAACUCUCUCUGUGUAGCGGUGUGUAUUAUCCGUGUGCCGCGCGCUCCGUGGGCAACAAGGACUCGUCUGAAAAUGGCCGCCGGCGCGAGCGACUCUGGUGCGCUGGAGACCGCGGCGUCGAGCAGCGCGAGGGACCCGGAGAGGACGGCGGGCCCGCGAGUCCUGGAGCGCGAGCCCCGCGUGCACGGCGAUAGGACCGCACGCGAGCAGGAAGGGGACGCGGGAGCGCCCGAGGCGGCGUUAACGGGCGGAGCCGCCGAGGGAGACGAGGAGGAGCGGGACGGGGGACUGCGGCGCGGGGGCGCGGGUGCCGAGCGGAGCCCCGGGACCGGCGGGAAGCAGAAGAAGCAGGAGGAACAAAGGGAGGAGGAGAGCGCGUCCUCGCCUCGGCGCGGCCCCGGCGCGGAAGUGUCCUCGUCAGACGGGGAACCGCUGAGCCGCAUGGACUCCGAGGACAGCAUCAGCAGCACCAUAAUGGACACGGAGAGCCCAGCUUCCAGCGGCCGCUCCACACCGGCCAUGAUGAACGGCCAUGGGGGUAGCGCUGUCGCGACCUCCUCCACCAAAGUUGUGGCCUACACCUGCUGCUGGGACCAGUGCCUCGGCCGUUUUGACUCCAGCCCUGACCUGGCUGAGCACAUCCGGGGUGUCCAUGUGGACUCUCAACGAGGAGGGGUCUAUGUCUGCCUGUGGAAGGGCUGUAAGGUGUACAACACACCUUCUACCAGUCAGAGCUGGCUCCAGAGACACAUGCUCACUCACAGCGGGGACAAACCCUUCAAGUGUGUGGUGGGUGGAUGCAAUGCCUGCUUUGCCUCCCAAGGUGGUCUGGCACGGCAUGUGCCCACUCACUUCAGCCAGCAGAACUCUUCCAAGGUGUCCAGCCAUUCCCGGGGAAAGGAGGAGUCACCCUCUAAGGCUGGUCUCAAGAGGAAGAAGCUCAGGAACAAGCGCCGCCGCUCCCUGCCACGGCCACAUGACUUCUUUGAUGCCCAGACCAUGGAUGCCAUCCGCCAUAGGGCCAUCUGCUUGAACCUGGCCACACACAUUGAGAGCCAGGGGAGUGGCCACAGCGUGGUGUUCCACAGUACGGUCAUAGCACGACGAAAGGAGGAUUCUGGGAAGGUUAAGGUCCUCCUCCACUGGACUCCUGAGGACAUAUUACCUGAUGCCUGGGUGAACGAGACAGACCGGCCACAGUUGAAGACUAAAGUUGUCCACCUGUCUCAGUUGCCACAGGACACCGCCCUUCUGCUGGACCCCAGUGUGUACAGGAUGUUUUUCUAGAAGCCGCACCACUGACCCCCUACCCACCAGCAGUGUGUUGUUGCCUGAUGCCAUUUCUCAAGUACCAGGAAGAGAAGUGUGAUAGACCAGCAACAUGAAGACAGGAGAAAUUUCUUCCUCCUUCAGAUCCCCUGACUGCACCAAAGUACACGUAGACAUUUGAGUGUUAGUUUUUCCUCUGCCUUUCGAUAUGAUUAAUGAAGUGCAAAAGGUAGAAGAAAUGCUUUUUUUUUUUUUUUUUAGUUUUAGCCUAUAGUUUUCCUCUUUGUUCAAUGGAUCUCAUAAAAAACUUGGUAAAUGUAAAAAGUAGUGUCUGUAAAUAUUUCUACAGAUUUGUAAUAUAUUUUUAUACCGUAAAAGUCUGCUGUAGAUUAUCUUAUUGUCUGUGUAGAAGUAAAUAAAUGUAAUUGUAUAUAAUGUCAUAGAGAUUUUUCAAUCAUUUCUGCAGUAGUUCUGUCAGAAUAACUGAAAAGGUGCCCACAAAAGUGUCUCCCCCACUGAUUGUUUCUGAGUCACUGUGCGAGCUGUAAAGCCGGGCUGGACAAUCACACGUCUGGUCUCUGCUGGAGUUUCAGAACGGACAGUGAGAAACAGUAUGGGCUUCUCAAUACUUAGCGUGUGGGAAAGUGGCAGCAUCAGGAUGAUGUUAAUAAACCAUGUAAUCCAGUUGAGUACUUCUCUCUGUGUGCUUUUGUUAAAUGUGUCCCCCAUAGGAUUUUGGGAUAUUGACUCUUUGUUUAAGCUUUAGGUGUCAG